GGCCGGCCCUCGGAUUGGGUCACGGGCUGGUCCGUCGGGGCCCGGAGCGAGGAAGCGGGUCCGGGUAGGCCCGGGCUGCGCUCCGUGCCCUGGGGGGAGGGCUCCCGCCCGCCCCGUGCCCGAGCUGCUGAGCUGUCCCUGUCCCGCUGCGGGGCGCGCAGGACCCGCCUCGUCCUGGCUCUUAACAAAAUCUUGGGACGAGCAGGCCCGCUUAAGUCGGAGGAAGAUAAUAGGCAGGAGAGGGGGCCCCUACAGAUACAGGGUUUCCCCUGGUUGUCUUCACUCCCCUGGUCACAGCUGUGUCCUCUUUUGCCUCUGGCUGUGCAAGACAGGCGACUCCUUUUCUUAGUUGUAGAUAACCUAGUAGCCCUCCACUGUGCUGGCUUAUUUCCUUGGGAAACUCAUUGUCCAGCUGAAUCCGCAGUGGCGCUGGCCCAGAUCGAGUGUCCAAGUAUUGUGCCUAGCAGGAACAACAGCUGCCCUUUGAAACCUCUUUCCCUCCGCUGAACGAACUCCCACUUCAUUCACAGAAAGUCUCUUGCCUUCAGACAGUGGAUCCGCGCCAUCAAAAUAUUGUUGAGAGGCAUUGAACAAAACAUUGACAAAAUCCAGAUGGCUAUGUGUCAUCUGUAGGAAAAUAAACUGAAAAUGUUUCUUUUAUGAAGGAGGCAUUUUAAAAUGACAGGCAGAUAGGAAAAAUGUCUGGACUCUUGGCAAGAAAGUCUGUUACACAGACUUGCUCCAUUAAUUUUGUCACGUAGUCCAAGAGAAAGGGGGGAUAUCCAGAAAACAAAGCGUGUCCUGUGUACAAAAUAGAUAUAUGACAGUAGCUGCAGGUGGUAAGUUUCCCAAUACUAAUGAACUUCCCAAAUGGUUCUGUGGUUUCUGUGUGGGCGUUGAGGGAUGACUUCCUUUGCACAAAAUGCAGUCUUCAGAAGUCCAAUAAAAUCGAUGGUCAAAUAAAAAGGACUGACAUCAUCAUACAAGACAGGAGCAGUAUAUCAUCUGAUUUCAGAUCACAAUCAUUAUGUGGAGAAAUACUGCUUUUUGCUGCUUGCUUCUUGCUGUUACUACAGAGAUUGUAGUUUAUGGACAAAGCAGAAAGAAAGGACAAAAGCCAAGCCUAACACAAAAAGAUGUUCCUCAGGAUGCUGUGUGCCUCAUUGAUAUAGUCUUCAUCUUAGACAGCUCUGAAAGUGCAAAAACAGUACUAUUUAAUAGUCAGAAGGAUUUUGUUAAAAAUAUAAGUGAUAACAUUUUCCUCAUUAAGCCAGGUAGAUUCCGGAAAUAUGAUAUCAAACUGGCAAUCAUGCAGUUCAGCAGCACAGUCAAAAUUGACCAGCCCUUUGUAGCCUGGAAAAACCUGCAAAACUUUGAACAGGAAGUCACAAAAAUGAACUAUAUUGGCCAGGGCACCUAUAGCUAUUAUGCAAUAUCUAAUGUCACUCAACUGAUUAAAACUGAAAGUCGGAAGGGAAGUGUAAAAGUGGCUUUCUUGAUGACUGAUGGUAUUGACCAUCCAAAGAGUCCUGAUGUCCGAAGCAUAUCUGCCACAGCCAGAAGUCUUGGAAUAUCGUUCAUUACAAUUGGGCUUUCUAGUAAAUCGGUCAAUACAAAUUAUCUGCGUUUGAUAUCUGGUGAUCCUACUAAUAAACCUGUUCUCAUUAUGGAUGAUCCCCAACUGCUAGUUAAAAUACUAGAGAAAUUGAGUGUCCUAUUUAAUGAGCGGUGUGAGCAGAAGACCUGCAAAUGUGAGAAGGGAGACAAAGGAGAUCCUGGCACCAAAGGUGAGAAAGGAGACUCAGGUGAGAGAGGACAAAAAGGAAACAAGGGUGAUGCUCAAAAGGGACAGCCAGGAGAAAAAGGUCUGGAGGGACUUCCUGGCUAUAAAGGAGAAAAGGGUGAAAGAGGAGAAUGUGGAACACCAGGGCUAAAAGGGGACAAAGGAUUUGAAGGGCCUAUUGGCCCAAAAGGACCUCGGGGACCUCAGGGAAUUGGAGGACCUCCUGGUGAGCCAGGCACAAAAGGUAUUCCAGGAAAUAAGGGAGAGCCAGGUCCUCCAGGUCCUUAUGGUCCUCCCGGAGCCCCUGGAAUUGGACAUCAAGGAUCUAAGGGUGAAAGAGGCCAGGAAGGAAGAAUUGGGCCUCCAGGACCUAUUGGAAUUGGUGAGCCAGGAUUAACUGGGUCAAGGGGUCCUGAAGGUGUACAAGGGGAGAGAGGGCCACCAGGACUAGGUAUUCCAGGCCAGAAGGGUGAAAAAGGCUCUAAAGGCUCAGAAGGUGCAAAUGGACCACCAGGUCCAUCAAUCAAAGGUGAUAAGGGUGAACAGGGACCAGCGGGACCAGAUGGGCCUAGAGGACCCCCUGGGAUAGGCUAUCCAGGAGUCAAGGGUUUACAGGGUCUUAAAGGUAUACCCGGAUCAAAAGGAUCACAUGGAGUAGGCAUUCAGGGUCCAAAGGGAAAAGAAGGUGAACCUGGACAAAAGGGGGAUCCAGGACCUCCUGGAGCUGGACUACCAGGACCCAAAGGAGAUUCAGGAGAACCAGGACAACCAGGAAAUCCAGGAAUACGAGGAUUAGAUGGAAACUCAGGAGAAAAGGGGGAAAAAGGACAACCAGGUAUAAGAGGCCCAGAUGGACCACCUGGAAAAGGAGAUAUUGGGCAAAAGGGUGAUAAAGGAGAAAAAGGAUUCCCAGGACUGGAAGGUGCUAAAGGAUCUCAUGGAUCUCCAGGACCAAAAGGUGAGCCCGGAUAUAAAGGUUCAAUUGGACCGCCUGGACCAUCUACUCGUGGACCACCUGGACCAAAGGGAGAUCCAGGACCUAUCGGGCAAAAGGGAGAGGAUGGAAUCCCUGGAAAUUCAAUAAUGGGACCAAAGGGUGAAAUAGGAUUCCCAGGAUUACCAGGGCCACCUGGACUGAAAGGCAGUGGCUAUCCAGGUGCACCAGGACCUCCAGGACUGACAGGCUCUCCAGGACCAAGAGGCGCCAGCGGCAUGGGAGUUACUGGACAAAAGGGAGAGUCUGGACCAAUGGGACUUCCAGGACUUCCAGGGCCAAGGGGAAUAGGAGUACCUGGUCCAAAGGGUGCUUUGGGACAGAAAGGCCUACAAGGUCCACCUGGCCCUCAAGGGGAUAGUGUGCAAGGAAAUAAGGGAGAACAAGGAAUUCAAGGUUUUCCAGGACCAAAGGGUUCAAUGGGACAGGGCUUCCCUGGUCCAAAGGGAGACUGGGGAAAGAAAGGCGAUUCAGGAAAGAAAGGUGAUAAAGGAGAGUUUGGAGAACCAGGACCUCCUGGACCAAAGGGAUAUUCUGGAAGAAAAGGUGAACCAGGUCUUACAAGAGAAGAAAUUAUCAGACUUAUUAAGGAAAUAUGUGGUUGUGGUAUGAAAUGUAAAGAAACUCCAUUGGAAUUAGUGUUUGUGAUUGACAGCUCAGAAAGCGUUGGACCAGAUAACUUUGGUAUUAUCAAAACAUUUGUGACAACAGUCAUUGAUAGGAUAACCAUCAACGAAGCUGCAGCGCGGGUUGCCAUUAUCAACUUCAGCCACAAAGUAGAGGUGGUAUCUACCCUUCAGCAGUACACAAACAAAGACCACCUAAAAAUUGCUGCUAAUGACAUGCAGUACCUAGGGGAAGGCACAUUUACAGCUACAGCUAUCAACAAAGCCAUUGAAAUAUUUCAUGCAGCACGGCCAGGGGUGAGAAGAGUGGCUAUUGUGAUAACAGAUGGACAAGCAGAUGACCGUGAUAACAUCCGUCUGGAUGAUGUAGUAAGGAAAGCCAACAACAUCAACAUUGAGAUUUUUGUAAUCGGGGUAGUUCAGAGAAAUGAUACCUAUUUUGAGGACUUUCGGAAAGAAAUGGAUCUCAUUGCAACAGAUCCUGAUAGUGAACAUGUUUACCAGAUAAAUGACUUCAUCACGCUCCCAGCUCUGGAAAAUAAACUCCUCCAAAAACUCUGUGAGAAUGACUUUGGUCUAUAUAAACCUGUACCUGAAACGACUACUAUACAUAGCCUUUUUGAAUUUGGCAAUGUUUUGAUAUCAGUACCUCAUGUGCCUGUACCUGAACAAGAAAGUAUUGAUACUCUUGCAGGGACCAGAGAUGGGCAGCCAUUUUCUCCUGCCCUGAAUCUUACUGCUCCCCCACCUUUGAAAAGGAAAAUUCCUGAGACUUAUGAACAUCCAUUUACCCCUUCACUUUAUGUCAGACCUGAUGAGCCAGAAACCAUAACUGCUAGUCCACUUGUAAGUCCAUUAUUCAAUAUAACAACAGAUGAAGAAAGACUUCAACCAACUUUGCAACCUCCAAGAGUGACAACUGAAAAAGAUCCUAGGUGCUUAGAACCUUUGCAACCAGGAGACUGCCGAGACUAUCAGGUGAAGUGGUAUUAUGAUAAGGAUGCCAAUUCUUGUGCCCGAUUCUGGUAUGGAGGUUGUAAUGGCUCAAGAAAUAGGUUUGAGACAGAAGAUCAAUGUCGAGAAACCUGUAUUAAUGCAUAAACAGAACAACUGUCAGUUGGGACUGCUGAAGCUGAAGGUAUCUGGUAUAUGUACAGGAGAGAACACUUAAAAAUCCAAAUGAUGUGCUAGCAUGGUUAUUGUUGACCUGCUUUUUGGUGCUUUUCAAAUUUUACUGUUCCCACUAAUUGUAGGUGCACACCUAUAUAGCAUAUAGUUAUUUAGUUCAUUAUAGUAAUUAAAGCUUAAACCACAUAUAGAUGAGCUAUUUUUCCUUCCAAAUUUAUUGUACGCAUAAAUCCUCAUAUUCCAUUAUUAGAAAAAUAAGGGGAAAAGAAUUAAUACUCAACAUUUAACAACUGAAACCUGUUAUUCUACCGAAAAAAUACAAUAUGCUGCAGUUUUAAGCAGAAAUAAGUGGUGCUUGAAAUGGCAUUCCUGGCCCAGCACUUAAACUAGCAAAUGAAAAAAUUCCAUUUAUCUCUUGGGAGUUUAAAAACCAUGGGCAUAAUAAAUUAAUGUUUCUUUUCUACACUUUUGAAUUUAACACAAGCAUAGUUUUAUCAGUUUGUAUCGUAACCUCUGUCAGUUCCUUUCAUUUCAUAGUUAUGAUAAUAUGUACAGGAUUCUUCAGCUCCUUUGAGCUACUCAGUACAUUUAGAUUUCUCAGGGCCCUUGGGUAUAAGACUAAAAUGGGGGAAAAAAAUCACUGUAGUGUACACUAUACAGCAAUUAAAAGGGAAAAAGCACUGAAAGAUGUACAGACAUUUUUACCUCUCUAGCACAAUUCGUUUAGACCUAACCUUACAUGAAGCCAUUGUAUAAGCUAAAACAGAUGAGUAUCUCAUUAAAAUGAAAAGCAACAAUUGAUAAA